CAUUUGAUUAGCAACCAUGCUGAAGAGGUGCGUUCCUUUGGUGGGGUUCGGUCGGUAUUCCAGCAAUAGAGAAAGCAGUAUGAGGAAAGAGUUGGAAGGAGCUUCAGACGACAGAUCAUCUGAAUCUAGAGGGAAGAAAGAAGUGAGAGGAGCUUCCAUAUCCUUGGACGUGAGAUUACAGGCAAAAAAUAUUUACGUCAGAAUAGUUCAUGCAGGUGGGCGUGAGGAACUCUAUCCAAAUGCAAUUCCUGCAUCUAAGCUGAUGGAAAAAUAUCCCGGGAUGUCUGUUGCGCGGCCAGAAGUCUUCAAAAGUCCACACGAUUCCCUAUUAUGUCCGGAAGACAGUCUCUUGCCUGGUCAGAAAUACUAUGUAGUCCCAUCCUCAACUGUGCAGAAACUGAAGCAUAAACUCUGGAAGAAGGCCGAGGUAAAAGAACAUGUUGCAGUAAAAAAGGAGACUUGGGAUUGGAAGAUCACCAUAGAUGUAGGUGAGGUAGGUCUGGAGGAGCGUAUUUGUUAUGCAAAAGAUUUUUAUCAAUCCAAGGACACGACCGAAAAGUGCUCAAAAGACUCGAAACCUUCAACGAGGAAUCGUGUUAGAGGGAAAAAGCCUUUUGUACCUCCACUCCCAAAGGGAAAACCAAUCCGAGGAUUGGGGUGGGAGCCCAGCCUGACUUCUGUAUCGGAGCUCUCUCCCUGACUUUGUGUUCCUUCUUUCUCGAUGUUUCUC